GACAUUCGUUGCGCCCGUCGACGAAUGUACCGUGAUUGCGACCAUCAUCUGCACGCUCCCGCGCCGCGCCCCGAUCCCAUCCACCGAGACACGAGACGCGAGACACGAGCACGGGACGACUGGCGGCUACAUGCGCCUCGAUGAAAGACGCCGGUGAUCAGGUUGAGGACACCAUCAAUAUCGGGCUACAUGGCCAGCGACCCGCUUUGCAGGUCAUAUGUCUCGGCAACAGCGGCGGUCCUAGCGAAGAGAAUGUCACUGCUUUCUUGGUCCGCUCGGUAGGCAGUGCCUGGGCCAAAGGCUCACUGUUGGCCGUCGACGCCGGCUCGCAUCUGGCGCCCAUCACGCGCAUCCUGGAGCGCCAUUUCCCCAGCAUCAGUCGCGAACGGGGCUCUAAAAGCAGCCAUGUGUCUAAUAACGCGCUUCGGAGACCUGGCUCUCCCAUUGAGGUGGAUCUGCUGCCGAAGCUGGAGCCCACUAUACUCAAGACGGGACCUUUCGCUGGCCUGAAGUUCCCCAAUGAGUCGGCUCGAGCAAAUGCACUACAUGUACUCCGAACGUACAUCUCCACCUACCUGAUCACACACCCGCAUCUGGAUCACUUGUCUGGCUUUGCGAUCAAUACUGCAGCCUUCAAUGGGACCUCCCGGCCGAAGACUCUGGCUGCUCUGCCGAGCACUGUCAAUGCGAUCAAGCAGCACAUCUUCAACGAUGUCAUUUGGCCCAACCUGACAGAUGAGGAUGGCGGAGUGGGCUUCGUGACCUUCCAGCGGCUGAAAGAGGGGGGCGAUGUGAUGAUGGGGGAGGGCGAAGGCAGAGGCUAUAUUGACGUCUGCGAUGGUCUGGCUGCCAGAGCCUUCACUGUCUCUCACGGAGUCUGCACCAAGAGCGCACCAAGUCAUUUACAUCGUGCCAGCAUAUCGGCAUUGUCUGAUACCGCGCCUCCAUACAAUGGGUCUGUCCAGGGUGUGUCGCAAGACGCGCUAGCAAUGAAUCGAUCAACUCCGAUCUCAACAAUGCAUUCGCAACCCGGAACUCCUGGUUCCACACAACGACAGAGCUUCCAUGCACAUCAGCCUUCGCCACAGCUGCGAGCGACCGAUCAUGCGCCAGCAUGCGUGGUCGACAGCACUGCGUACUUCCUGCGAGACGAAGAAACCCAGCGGGAGAUACUCAUCUUUGGCGACGUGGAACCGGAUUCUUUGUCCCUUGCUCCUCGAAAUCAUAUCGUGUGGCAAGAGGCUGCACGAAAGAUCGCGCAGGGUGUGCUUGGCGGUAUAUUCAUCGAGUCGAGCUACGAUGAUAGUCAGGCUGAUGCAAUCCUUUUUGGCCAUUUGAACCCGAGACAUCUGAUCGCGGAGCUGCAGACACUGGCGAGCAUGGUCGUCGAUGCGAAAGCAGCGCGUAUGACAGAUCGAGCCAGCUCCAAGCGAAAGCGAUCUUCUCAAAACCACGGACCCAAUGGGCUUGACCCUUUUGCACGGCUCACCAUGCCAGACAAUGCGAGGAAACGCAGCCGUAGUCUUGUGAAUCGGGCACUACUAGAAGAUCGUCGACGAAGUAGUGCUCCCGAUCACUAUUCAGCAGUCGAGACUGCGACAGGCUUCACUAACCACCAUAGCCCAUCGGCGAGCUCAGCAGAUGCACUGAAUUAUUACCACUUUCAGGCUCAAGAGACAAGCACGAUGGACCCCGGUAGUGAUGCGAUCACUUCGCCACGAUCUGUCGCUUUCCCACGCUCCAUCGAUCACGGCGUGGCGACCACUCCGACUGCAGGCAGCAACAACGACAUGCCCAACCUGCCUGCAAUCAGCGAUGCGCCUCUCAGUGGUAUCAAGGUGGUCAUCAUACAUAUCAAGGAUACAUUCAAGGAUGGUCCACACGUCAGCGAAAAUAUCCUUGCGCAGUUGCAGGAUCACGAAGAAGGAUUACGGGAAACUGGAGCUGGACUGGGCUGCGAGUUCAUCAUUAGCCAAAGUGGAGAGUCGUAUUGGUUUUGAUGACAGCUGGAGGCUUGCUGUAUGAUUGCGCGCUACAGCACACUGCCGAACGCGAAGAAGUGAUUGCACAAUUUGCAUCAAUCAAUAUAUGACCUUGAUGAUUGCAAUUACUGCUUCUGGUCGAGAUCAUUAUGCACGGUUUGGACCCUGUUUGGUGCUGCUGCAAAUUUACCCGGUUGACGAUUUGCUGGGGUUUCAAACGGGGUCCUGCAUGGGUUCAUCGAGACAGCAAUAGAUCUGUGCUUUGAUGAACAUAAAUGACUUGAUCUGUGGUAUUCGCUCGAGCCGGAGUCUUGAACGGAAUCCCCUCGUUCUGUCCGGCGCCGGUAUACACGACCUCCUUCUGGACUUUUCUUUUGGACGGCCUGUGAUGAGGCUUGGACACAAAAAGUGUUGGUGGCGAGCACCGGUUGAGGCAACGGGAAGAGCCCGUGUGCGCGUGCACACAGAGGCACUCUCGAGUUAAAUCCAUUGUGAGAUCACAUCGUCCCACCAGUGCAUAGGGCAGAUUUAAUGUUCCCUGAUGACUGGAAAUCGGCCACCAUGCGUCCUGGUGAUUCGUGGAGAGGAUCAGAUCAAAUCACCGAUUAACCUUUCUGGGGGUAGGGUGGGGAGGGGGGCGGCCAAAAGCCAGAUGUGAAGUCUACCAGAGUCCAGAGAAAGUCUCCAGCACUGGAGGUAGUAGUGGUUGUAAGGAGAAGGUAGUAGUCUUAAGAGUAGUACUUCACAAGCUGCUGCACAGGUAAUCUAUCUCACUCGUAGAAGUUAAUAUAUGUCUUACAC